GUACCUCAAAAAAUACCCUAUUUUAUUAACCCAAAAUUGGCUUUAUUUUAGGCAUCAAAAGAAAUAUGCCCACAAUGGCAAACUUCAUUUCCUCCUCCACCACCAGCACCAUGAUGAAAGACUCUAACCAUCAAAACCACCACCAGCCGUCAUGGGCCGACGAGUUCCUCGACUUCUCGUCGAUGCGUCGCGGAGCCCAGCGCCGUUCUAUGAGCGACUUCAUAGCAUUCAUUGACCAACCGUUGGAGGAAGAAAAUAGGGCCGGUAAUGCCAUGAUGAUGGAACCGAACAUGUUUGACCGCCUAGACGACGAGCAGCUCAAGUCAAUGUUCUCCAACGAUGUCUCCUUGACAAUGCCGGCUGCGACAAUGGGUUCUUCGUCAUCGACGCCGCUAAUGUCUGAUCAAAAUAGCAACAAUGACGAGAAGCCAACACCAGGAGAGGUGGAAAGCUCAUAUAAAUUACAUGAAACACAAGGUUCGGAGCCUCCAUCAACCUCCAACGGCGGCGAUCCUAUCACUGAUCCAAAGAGGGUCAAAAGAAUUCUGGCAAACCGGCAAUCAGCUCAAAGAUCAAGAGUGAGAAAGCUGCAAUAUAUUUCAGAGCUUGAAAGAAGCGUAACAACAUUACAGACUGAAGUAUCAACAUUAUCACCAAGAGUUGCAUUUCUGGAUCAUCAAAGAGUGGUUCUUACUGUUGAAAAUGGUGCUUUAAAGCAAAGGAUUGCAGCUCUGGCUCAAGACAAGAUUUUUAAAGAUGCUCACCAAGAAGCAUUGAAGAAGGAAAUUGAGAGACUAACACAAGUUUAUCAACAACAACAAAGCCUCAAGAAUAUGAACGACAACCCUCUUCCACCACCACCGCAGCAGCAGCAACCACUGCCGCCACCGCCACCGAACGAAGGACAACUUAUAAGUUGAUUCAAAGAAAGGAGGAGCGAGAGAUCAAAGGAAACAGCAAUGCAAAGUUGUGGCUAAGAAAAAAGG